GAUCGUCUUUUGAUCAAAGGUGGUAAAAUAGUUAAUGACGACCAGUCUUUCUAUGCAGACAUUUACAUGGAAGAUGGGUUGAUAAAGCAAAUAGGAGAGAAUCUGAUUGUGCCAGGGGGAGUGAAAACUAUCGAAGCCCAUGGCAGGAUGGUGAUUCCUGGAGGGAUUGACGUUCACACCCGCUUCCAGAUGCCGGAGCAGGGGAUGACAUCCGCUGAUGACUUCUUCCAAGGGACCAAGGCUGCGCUGGCUGGGGGCACCACCAUGAUCAUUGAUCACGUGGUUCCUGAGCCAGGGACCAGUUUGCUGACUGCCUUCGACCAGUGGCGAGAAUGGGCAGACAGCAAGUCCUGCUGCGACUACUCUCUGCACGUGGAUAUCACCGAGUGGCAUAAAGGUGUCCAGGAGGAGAUGGAAGCGCUGGUUAAAGAUCAUGGUGUGAACUCCUUCUUGGUUUACAUGGCUUUCAAAGAUCGCUUCCAGCUCACUGACUCUCAGAUAUAUGAGGUCCUGAGUGUAAUUCGGGAUAUUGGCGCGACAGCUCAAGUGCAUGCCGAGAAUGGUGACAUCAUUGCUGAGGAGCAGCAAAGGAUCCUGGAAUUGGGCAUCACGGGCCCUGAAGGGCAUGUACUGAGCAGACCUGAAGAGGUGGAGGCAGAGGCUGUGAACCGGGCAAUAACCAUCGCCAACCAAACCAACUGCCCCCUUUAUAUCACCAAGGUGAUGAGCAAAAGCGCCGCCGAUGUCAUUGCUCAAGCCAGGAAAAAGGGCACUGUGGUGUAUGGAGAGCCCAUCACGGCCAGCCUGGGUACCGACGGCUCUCAUUACUGGAGCAAGAAUUGGGCUAAAGCAGCAGCUUUUGUUACUUCCCCACCACUGAGUCCUGACCCAACCACUCCUGAUUUUCUCAACUCGCUACUGUCCUGUGGAGACCUCCAAGUUACUGGCAGCGCCCACUGCACCUUCAACACUGCUCAGAAAGCUGUUGGGAAGGACAACUUCACCCUGAUCCCUGAAGGGACCAACGGCACUGAAGAGAGGAUGUCCAUCAUCUGGGAUAAGGCUGUGGUGACUGGCAAGAUGGAUGAGAACCAGUUUGUCGCUGUGACCAGCACAAAUGCAGCUAAAAUCUUUAACCUGUACCCGCGGAAGGGCCGUAUCGCGGUGGGCUCGGACGCCGAUCUGGUUAUCUGGGAUCCUGACAGCGUCAAGACAAUCUCCGCCAAGACUCAUAACAUAUCUCUGGAGUACAAUAUCUUUGAAGGCAUGGAGUGCCGUGGCUCUCCCCUGGUGGUUAUCAGCCAGGGGAAGAUCGUGCUGGAGGACGGGAAUCUCCACGUCACCGAGGGAUCGGGACGAUAUAUCCCCAGGAAACCGUUCCCUGACUUCGUUUACAAGCGCAUCAAAGCAAGGAGCAGGCUGGCCGAGCUGCGGGGUGUGCCUCGAGGCCUCUACGACGGACCCGUCUGCGAAGUAUCGGUGACGCCGAAGACCGUCACACCAGCGUCCUCGGCGAAGACGUCUCCUGCCAAACAGCAGGCCCCACCCGUGAGGAACCUGCACCAGUCUGGAUUCAGCUUGUCUGGGGCACAGAUCGACGACAACAUCCCGCGGCGCACGACCCAGCGCAUCGUGGCACCGCCUGGCGGGCGCGCCAACAUCACCA